AUGCCUCGCUCCCGAGUAAUGUCAUUCAUGACCCAAUGGGGUACUCCGUCGAGGAGUUUUACGCCAGAACCCAAAUCUCAACCAUCUGAGGACCCUUUCAGCAACCACCCUGCUAGACCUCCCAAGAUCGAUACCUCCUUCGCCUCCGCUACAAACAAGACCGUCGAUGCAUCAACCUCUCCCUCUCCCAGCACCCAACAACGUUUCCGUUCGGACUCGCGUUCAGAACGCGGCUCCCGACCCAUGUCUAUGGUCUACACUUAUCAGCCGCCGAUCAUGGAUCUGGCCCAUGACACACUGCCAGAAUUGCAGCCCAUCUUCAGUUUCCUCAACAGCCACUCCAACAAGCUGUACCAAGAAGGCUACUUCUUGAAGUUGCACGAUUUAGACUCUCGCGGACGCCCAAGCGCAGAUCGAGCAUGGACAGAGUGCUUCGCUCAGCUGGUGGGCACAGUGCUCUCGUUGUGGGACGCUGCAGCACUGGAUGCGGCAGGUGAAGACGGCGAGGUCCUGCCUACGUUCAUCAAUGUUAGCGACGCUUCGAUAAAGAUGAUCGAGUCGCUUCCAAUGAAUGGAUCAGCAGGAGGCCAACUCCAGAACGUUCUGAGCAUCUCGACCGCAGCCAACAACCGCUACCUUCUUCACUUCAACUCUCUUAACUCCCUUACACAAUGGACUGCUGGCUUUCGCCUUGCCAUGUACGAACAUACAACCCUACAAGAAGCCUACACAGGCUCUCUCAUUGCUGGAAAGGGAAAAAUGCUCAACAAUAUCCGCACUAUCAUGGAAAGGAGCAAGUUUGUCAUAGAUGACUGGGCACGUGUGCGCUUCGGAGCAGGUACGCCUUGGAGACGCUGUUGGUGUGUUAUUACACCUCCGAGCGAGAAGGAAUGGGGAAAGUAUCAAAAGGCAUUGAAAAAGCGCGACACGUACGAUCGUCGGGUUGAGGUCCCCAAGGGCGAUAUCAAGUUCUACGAAACAAAACGCGUCUCAAAGAAGACACGGCCGAUCGCUACCAUCAAGGACGCAUAUGCUGCAUACGCCGUCUACCCUCAGUCCAAGCCUCUUAUCGACCAGUCCACGCUGAUCAAGCUUGAGGGACAGAUCACCAUCCAUGGCGAGAGGGACACGACCGCAGAGGGCUUCCUCUUUGUCAUGCCGGAAGUGCAUCCCGCAGUCAGCGGUUUCGAGAUGAUGCUUCGCUGGUUGUUCCCUGUCUGGGACAUCUUUGCUCUAUACGGCCGUCCCAACCGUCUGAUUGCCGACGCUCUUGAUCAGCGCGGCCUCAUGUUCGCCAUGCCUCGCGACAGGAGAUAUGGCUACCUUGACAUUCUUGAUGUUUCUGGUUUGAUCCACACAAAGGGCAGCCAAACAUGGUCUGAACAGGACUGGAGAAAGGAAUUGAAGAAAUUGACGUCGCACCGCAUGAACUCGGCGGAUGAUACACCUCCACAGGCAAGAGGAAGACACAACUCGCUCUCGCUCAAUCACGGAACGGUCCGCUUUGGCGAUGGCAGCUCCACAGAUACCUCGCCAUCACCAGCUAGAGGCUCUCCAGGACCAGGAAAUGGAUCCAUUCAAUUCGGUCCUCCACGCCGGGUUGGAACAACGCCGGUAAGCAUGGGCAGUCCGGGCCGUGGACACAAUCGUUCGGCCUCAGAUGCACUCGGAUACAAGCGGUUUCAGACCGAAAACCGCUCCCGACUCUCGUACGAGGCGACCAGCGACCUUCAAGAAGACAGCGCGCCCGAGCCGCCAAUGCACGGUGUUCCCCUGUCGGAAAAGAAGACUGCCACGGUGCUCGAGCGUGUACCAUCAGAGGAGACGCCGUACGAACAAGAACGGCGCCUUGAGCCGGCAUUCGAGGAGCUAAAAAUACGGUCAGGCUCUCCUCCGACGGGUCCAGUGGCGUCGCCCCCCAAACUCAUGCACGGGCCAAACGCUAGGCCCACUAACCUGAACCUGACACCUGUGCCCGAAUUACGCAGGGCCAAUUCUGCCAUGGAUGCAGCGACGCUGCAACAGCUUGUAGAGGCCAACAAGGCCGGUGCUACACCGUAUCACGAAAAGGAGCAAUUCGACUUUACCAGUGCUCCACGAGAGGUAGCUAGUGUUACCAACCGGACUCAAAGAUCGCCUGCUGACCCCUCGUUUCGCAAUGAAGAGGUAAAUCUUGCUCCAGGGCCCUCAUAUCAACCACCGAGUACCCACCGCCUACCCCCCAUCCCUGCAUCACCCUACAGCCAUCCUGCAAAACCUCUUGCAGCUGCCGCUAGGGUUGAUCAAGACGCUCCUCCUCCUCCUGUCCCGCCACACAGCAACCUUCCCUCAACUGCUGUCUCCGCGCGAAGUCUUGCAAGUCCUCCACCACCAGCCAUGGCUGCUCCCAUCAGCAGAAAGCCCGUCCCCAAGUCAUCAGGGCCUCAACAUGCAAGUCCUCCGCUGCAGAGUCCUCCGCCACAAAGCCCUGGACCACAGAGUCCUACCCUUUCGAGAGUCUCGAGCAAUGACAGUCUACAAAAUGAAAUUAUGCAGCAAGCUUUACUUGAACAAAUGCUUCAACAGUCACCAGAGCCUGUGAACAGAGUGCCAAGCCCUGUCAGUAGCUCUGAUGAUGACUCGGUCGUCGACUACUCCAGCGUGAAGAGUUUGUCACCGCCAAAGAGAAAGCCUGUAGAAAGAAGUCGAACGGGCCGACUCAAGACGGUUGGCAACCCCGAAUAUGAGACUCAAACACGAAGUCGCUUUGAUACGGAGACUGGAGUCCCCAUCAACUUUGGCCCUACACUGAGCUAUAAGCCAAACGGUCGCCCUUCUACAGGUGGUAGCUUACCUGUCGAACCACAAGAGGAUAAUGAGGAUGUGCAGCGCCCGUCCUCGCGUUCUACAACACAAAUCGAUAGCAAGAGAAACUCGGCCCUCGACACACGCAAACAGAAUGGAGACACAAAUCUCGAGAGGCGCCGAAGUGUCGCUUGGCAGCCAGCAGCUGUUGCUGGUGAGUCCGUGGAUCAAGGUCUCACUGCCGAGCAAUGGGUGCAGUAUCGAGCUUCUCUUGCUGCAACACCGUUGACCCAGUCAAGAGCCACACCCGUAUUUGGACACAACAGAGACCACUCGAAUGCAAACCGCACAACUAAGACACCUCCACUCAGUCGCCCUGCAUCUCGUCUUAGCCGUACCUUAUCUGGAGAUUGGACGCAACAGCUGAACCGCUUGUCUCUUAAUCGGACACCUUCUGGUGAUUGGAGUCAGCCAGCAAAUCGCAUGUCGUUCAGCAAGACACCCCCACCUCUUAGCAGGACUCCGUCUGGUGAUUGGAGCAAACAAGCCCCAUCCCGUCCACUUUCGAGAAACGCCGGCGCACUCCUGAACCCUCCCAGUCCUGGCAGAACACUGCAACUUCAAGGAUCAGCUUUAUCGGCUCAUGAGCAGAUGCAAGUUGCUCGAAUGACGGGCAGUUCUAUGAUGAACCUGACUGAAAGGGAAAGGCGCAAGGACCUCGAUGAUUUGGAUGCUCCAGGCUUGGUUGGUGCCUUGGCGGCUCGCGAACGACAGCGAAACUUCAGAAGAGAUGGACUUCGAAACAACGCAGUGCAGCAAGCGAUUGCGGCACGUCAGCAACAACAACUGCAGGACGAAUUUGAUGCCCAGAUGAGAGCACAAAUUGAGGCGCAAGAAUAUGCUCAGCAACAGGCUGAGCUCCAUGCUCAACACCUUGCUCACCAGCAGGCGCAAUACUAUGCUCAGCAGUACGCACAGCAACAAGCUCAACAGGCUCAGUUACAGCAACAAAUGGCUUUCCAACAAGCACAGCAGUAUCAGAUCCAGUUGCAGUUGCAGCAGCAACAAGCGCAGGCCAACUACCCAUACAUGGGUGGGCCAGGCACAGCUCAACAACGAUCUUCGCAAUACCUGGGAAAUAUGAGUCAAGUAGGAGGAUGGAGCAAUGCAGGCUCGCCACAACCUCAGCAGGGUUAUGCGCAGUCCUACUUCGGUCAGGGCGAUGGACAAUACAGACAGCAGAGAAGAUAUUAG